AUGGCGACACUGGGGGCGGCGGCUUCGCCACCAGGCACGACGCCGAGCAAGGCGGGAACAAGUCCACUGCCAGGACUUCUUGCCAUGACUUCGCCUACGGGUAGUGAUACGAGUUUGCGGGCCGUGAGCCCGAUUGGCCUCUCGACGCCACGAGCUCCCAGUCCCAUCACCCGCUCCUUGUCUUCAAAAAGCAUACGGCGCAAGCAGCGUGGUCCCUCGCUUUGGGGCAAGGCGCGACUCGGUGUCCAAGUCGCAGCCGUGUUCAACGAUGUUCAAGCGGAGCGGCAAAAAACGCUGGAAAAGUUUGAACAAUUGCAAAACCAGUCGGCUGAUAAGCGCCAUCUGUUGGAACGCGCCCGGGAGCUCAAAUCAUUUCUUGGGCGCUGCCAGGGUGUGCAGCAGCGCUUAGACGACAAGGAACAGCUUUUGCGUGCCAGUGAGAUUGAUCCCAGCCAAGAUGUGGCCUUGGCUCUGCAGAAACACCAGGUCUAUACUUUGUGCAUGACACUGGCAUCACUGCUGGCCGAGUUGAAGACCUUUCGCGAGGACUUGGAACAACUUGAAGCUGAAACUCAAGAACAAGUGGCUGCUCAGCAUCCUGGCGCCAAUCGCUUCCAGGCCGCAACAACCAAGCUCGCUGACUCGCUUGCAACUGUCGAGCAGCUGGCGGACGAGCAUGGCCGUGCGCUGCAAAACUCCACGACUCAGUUUGAGCAAUGGGAGGCUCUUCAAAAGCGCCAGCAAACUUUUGACAAGUGGUGUGAGGCAACCCGCGCCAGCAUUCUAGCCCACGAACCCGCCGAGGACCUGGCCUCUGCUCGCACACAGCGUGAGGCCCACGAACAUGCUCGCACCGAGGCACUUGCUGGCCGGGCCAACCUGGACAAAAUUAUGGCCGAGGGUCAGCAGCUCAUUGCCGAUGAUCACUACGCUGCCGAUCAGAUUGCUGCAGCUCUGGAUCAUACAGCCACUUUGUAUGCUGCCCUUGAAAAGCUGGCCGAAGAGCGCAGUGUGUUCUAUGAGCAAAAUUGCUUGUUGCAGGAGUUUCUCAAAACGGCCGACCGCAUCGAUGAGUGGCUAAUUCGUCAUGACCAACAGCUGACAGAGGCCUCGCGUGGAGAGACGGUUGAGCAGACACAGGAGCUGUUGAAUGCCCAUGGAGAGUUUGAGGCCGACCUACGCGCACAGCAGCAGCGGCUGGAGGAACUGGGCCAGAGCGUGGAGCAGGCUCGCAACGAGCAGCACUUUGACAUUGACAACAUGCAAGCCAUUUUGAUGGACAUUACCACCAAAAAGGACCAUUUGGUUGCUGCUGCCGCCGCCUACCGGGCCAACGUCGUCGAGUCUGGCCAGUAUUUUGAACUACAGGAGCAAAUCGAGGAGACAAUGGAUUUCAUUACGGAGCAGAUGAAGCAAGCCGCGGCCGAGACAUACCGUGACCUACCUUUAGUGGAAGCCCACCAACUCCAGCACCGUGCCAACGGGGUCACGAUUGAAGGGUAUCGUGAGGCUGUGGCUCAACACUCGGAGCGGGCCGAUUCCUUGAUCGCGAAUGGUCAUUUUCGCGGUGAGGACUUACGUGAGCUUUCCGCGCGCCUGCAAGAGCAUUGGGCCGAGCUCCUCAAGGCACACGAAUGCAAGGGUCGCCGUUUGCAAGAAGCUGAGCACUUGGUCUCUUUUAACAGAGAUUUUACCGAUUUGGAAACUUGGCUUGACUCACUCGAGCGCUACGUUGCCUUGCCGGACUUGGGCCAUGACGUUCCGAGUGCCGAGGAAUUGGUCAAGGAACACGAGGAGCAUGAAAGUGAAUUGGCUUCACGUUCAGGCGCCAUGCAGGCCCUGCGCCAGCAGGCCGUCAAAUUUGGGGAAGAGGAACACUUUGCUGCGGAAGAUUGCCACCAACGGACCAAGCUUCUGGAGGAGCGCAUGGAAGACAUGCUGGACCCGUUUGUUGCCCGAGGUGAAAACUUAUCCGCAAGUCUGGAGCUGCAGCAGUUUCUGCUCGCCGUUCGUCGCCAAGAAGCAUGGAUUCAACUCAAAGCACCGUUGGUGCACAGCGAGGACUAUAGCCAAACACUGCUAACGGCCAAGAGUCAACUGCAUCGGUUCAAUGGACUCGAGGCCGAAUUACAGACACAUGAAAAAAGUAUUCAGGAUAUUCAGGCCCGAGGCACCAAGCUGGCCGAAGAAGGGCACUACGCUGUAGCACAGAUUCAAGAACGACAAACGGGCUUGCUCAAGCAGUGGGAUCAGCUUUUGUUGGACGCCAAGUUUCGCCAUCAGAAAUUGGGCGAAAACCUUGAACUGCAACAGUUCCUGGUGGACCUCCGCCAAACGGAAGCCUCCUUGCAAGGCGUUGCCGAACAGCUUGCCCUGCCUGCCGUAGCACAGACAGUGAAAGAAGCCAAGUUGUUGCAAGCACGUCACACGGAGACUGCGCGGCAGUUGGAGUCAUUGGAAGCGCCGCUCCAGCAUUCCCGGCAAUGGCAUGAGCAACUGGCUGCGAAAAGUAGUCUGGGCUGUGAAACCACCGCCAAAUUGGUGGCAAGCGCACAGCAUCAAUUUGAUCGUCUACGACAACAAGCCAACGCUCGGAGCGCCGAAAUCAGUGAUGCUAUGAAAGCGCUGUUGUUUGAAGAAGAGGCCGAGGAGGUUUUGGAUUGGAUACAAGGCGGGAUGGAGGAGGCCGGCUCCACGGAGCUAGGAGAGGAUGUUGAUGCAUGUGAGCAGCUUCGCAAAGAGUUUGCUGACUUUGCACAAGAGCAACUCAAGGGUGGAUCGCGCGUCGAACGCAUCGAUCGCAAGGCCAACAAGCUUGCCGGCAAUGCCAGCUACUCAAGCGUGAGCGAGCUGAACACUCGUGUUCAGGGCGGAUGGGCCAAGCUGCAAGAUUUGAUUGCAAAACGCCUGAAGAUGUUGGAAAACGCCGCGGCCAUGCUUACGUUUCAUCGCGAUGCAGAUGAUACCAUGGAUUGGAUCGCGGGCAAGGAGCGUGAACUGGAUGCAGGUGACUUGGGCGUAAACACGGGCAGCGUUGCUGUGCUGCAACGUAAGCACGAGGCCCUGGAACGAGAUCUGCAAGUUCUUGGCAAGAAGCUUGAGCAUCUCUUUGGCGAGGCCGGUCGACUGGUAGCCCUUCAUCCUAGCCAUUCCCAAGCAAUUACCAAGAAGCAGGCUGACAUGGCCAGGCGCUGGGAGGUGAUGCAAGCGACGGCUGAGCAGCGGCGCAGAGCCCUGGAGCUCAUGCAUGAGUUUUUCAGCUUCAAGGAAAAUGCUCAGGAACUCUUGGCUUGGUUUGAGCGCAUGCAAAAUAACAUUGCGCACGUGCAGCCAAUCAUCGAUUUGGCCGAUGCCGAGCGACGCUUGCAGGCCCAUGUUGAGCUGCGCCUUACUAUCGAAGCGCAGCAGGAUACGGUGAACCGCAUCUUGGACAAAGGCGAGGAGUUACUUGGCAUCGAGGCCACUCGGGAUGAGAACAUCCGUGCGCUGCUAACGGAGAUUGGUGACGCUCAAGAAAGCCUGUCGGUGACCUGGGAUCACUUCAACGAGCUGUAUCAAGAAGGUGUUUUUAUUCAAGAGUCUGUUCGCGAGGCAACCGAGCUUGAAGCUUGGAUGGAUGAGCAGCAAGCGAUGCUUGCCAUGGAUGCAGGACAUAGCGAGCACGAAUGGAAGGUGUUUGAGGAGUUUCAACAGCGCAUGGAAGCACAGGAGGCCAGUGUGCAACGCUGGACGUCGGUCAUCGAUGAAAUUGCUGAUGAGUUGCAAUCAGGCGAAGUUCAGGGCCUGUACCGCCAGCACGGUAGCGAUUCCCUCCGUCGUGGAUCGGUCUUCACAGCAGCAAAGAAGCGCCCGACCAUGGAUUCGAUGACUCGCCGCCGACCCUCAAUGAUGACUUCUCGUCAUGGCUCAGUGGAUUUUUCUACCAUGCGAGAAGAUGCGCGCCAACAGCUGCCGAAUGGCUCAAACAAGGACGGGAAGAUGGCCUCUCCAACGCGACCAGCAGACAGCUUGCCACGAAGCAGCAUUGUUGCGGCAGGUCCCCGCUCGCUGGGUGGCCAAUCCUCUCUCUCUUCGACUGUGCUGGCUGCUGGACCUGCAGACCCGCCCUCGGCACCUACCCAGGUGCCGAACCUCGAAUCAACCAGCAAGCCAGAAUCUGCAACAAUGCAUGGUGCGCAGGUGCCUUCAACGGCACCAUUGACUGGCAUGAUUGAGGAACAAGAAGAAGAGGAAAACGUGGGAGCGCACGACGAGGCGGACGCCUUGUCGGCGGCCCCGCCGCCGCUGCCGGAGAAAUCGCCUGCCUCAUCGCGUAGCGCAUCUCCCUUACCAAAGAAUGUACGUGACGAGUACAUUAUGGUCGACACGGACGGCCCAGCCAACACUGAUGCUUUAGAAGAGCCAGCUUCAGACCCUGCACUUGAAGCUGUGUUAGAGUCAAUUCCUGAUGCAGCGCCCCAUGCAGCGUCAAAGCCCAAUGUUUCUGUAUCCGGCUUUGCGCCAGCCCCUGCCCCUGCAAGUGGCACAUCAGCUGCCACGCGCACCUUGCCCGCCGUACGGCGGGGAUCAGGCUCAGAAAGCCCGCGCACUGGUCGAGCUCUUCCACAACCUCCAGGGCAAGGCCAGCGCAGCAGCUCUGCCAGCCCACAGACCAUGACAGUGAACGCCCUUGCGGCCCCGCCGGUCUCGCUGGCCCGAGAUGCAAGCUCGCCCCUCAGCUCGGGCCAUGGCGCUGAAGGCCACGAAUCAUUUGGGGAGGGCGACAUGACUGACACCAAGUUCCUGGGCGCCGGCUCCCAGUCCUUACCAACUCAACACCCAACUGCCACAGUCGCCUCGCCUGCCAGCGUACCGCCACCCGCAGUACCUGCACCCCAGAACGAGGAGGAUGAUGACGAUGACGAUUGGGAUGAUCUCAUCUAAGCUCGCUCGCGCAACCAGCCUUUCAGCACAAGCGAUUGAGUUUCAAUUAUGACAUCCGCACGCAAUGUCCCGCCUUCUUCCGCUCGCUGCUAUAAUUCUUCUGUGCUUCACAUGCAUGCUCCACAAUCAAUGUCGUUCGUU